CAAGAGCAAAGAUGAAGAACUGGAUGCUUCCUGUGCGCGCCGUCCAGGCUGUGCUUUCUAUUGUUGUUCUUGGGUUGAUGGCUUACGUGUCAUCAUGGUGGGCAACACACUGGCGACAGUCAUCUCCAAUGGAGAUAAACUACCUCAUCUUCGCACCAGCAUGGAGUCUCCUUGUCCUUGCCCCUCUGAUUCUCACAUCGUUAAGCAAAUUCGCGCAUGUGGCCGAGAAGGGCGCAGUCAAGUGGGCUUUGCUCGGAGUCGAGGCCAUGACCAUGUUGUUCUGGCUAAGUGGCUUCGUGGCGCUCGGAGUAUUUCUCAGUGGAAGAAUCUGCUUCGGCAUGGUCUGCGACGUAGCUCGCGCGAGCACCGCCAUUAGUGCGAUCUCGUGGGUUGUAUGGUCGGUCACUUUCUCGUUUGGCGUGAUUGCACUGUUGAAGGAAAGAAAGGCCGUGGCGAAUUAUGCGAGCAAAGAAGUCAAGAUGCACCAAGGCGUGUAGACACGAGCUUAAC